CGGGCCGGGGCGGCGAGGCCGCGGCUCUGAGGUUUGCGCGUACGAAUCGCUGCUUGAAGGGCUUGGAGUGUCAAGUUAUCUCAAGACUUAAAAAUGCCUCCGCGACCAUCAUCUGGUGAACUAUGGGGCAUCCACUUGAUGCCACCGAGGAUCCUUGUGGAGUGUCUUCUCCCGAACGGAAUGAUAGUGACACUAGAAUGCCUCCGUGAGGCCACCUUACUGACUAUUAAACAUGAACUCUUUAAAGAAGCAAGAAAAUACCCUCUCUAUCAGCUCCUUCAGGAUGAAUCUUCUUACAUUUUUGUAAGUGUUACGCAAGAAGCGGAAAGAGAAGAAUUUUUUGAUGAAACACGGAGACUUUGUGACCUGCGACUGUUUCAGCCUUUUCUAAAAGUUAUUGAACCAGUAGGUAACAGAGAAGAAAAGAUUCUUAAUAGAGAAAUAGGUUUUGCUAUUGGCAUGCCUGUCUGUGAAUUUGACAUGGUCAAGGAUCCAGAAGUACAAGACUUCAGAAGAAACAUUCUCAAUGUUUGUAAAGAAGCAGUGGAUCUUCGAGAUGCCAAUGCACCGCACAGCAGAGCACUGUAUGUCUACCCUCCAAAUGUAGAGUCUUCAGCUGAACUACCCAAACACAUAUACAAUAAACUAGACAAAGGGCAAAUUAUAGUGGUGAUAUGGGUAAUAGUCUCACCAAACAACGAUAAGCAGAAAUACACCUUAAAAAUCAACCAUGACUGUGUGCCUGAGCAAGUUAUUGCUGAAGCAAUUAGGAAGAAAACACGAAGUAUGUUGCUGUCAUCUGAACAACUGAAACUUUGUGUCUUGGAGUACCAGGGCAAAUAUAUCUUAAAAGUGUGUGGCUGUGAUGAAUACUUGCUAGAAAAAUGUCCACUGAGCCAGUACAAGUACAUAAGAAGCUGUAUAAUGCUUGGUCGGAUGCCCAACCUGAUGCUGAUGGCCAAGGAAAGCCUGUACACCCAGCUGCCCCUGGACACCUUCACAAUGCCAUCCUACUCCAGGCGGAUCUCCACAGCUACACCCUACAUGAACGGAGAGGCUACAACCAAAUCCCUCUGGACUAUAAACAGUGCUCUCAGAAUAAGAAUCCUCUGUGCAACCUAUGUAAAUGUGAACAUUAGAGACAUAGACAAGAUCUAUGUUAGAACAGGUAUUUACCAUGGAGGGGAACCUUUGUGUGACAAUGUGAAUACUCAGAGGGUACCUUGUUCUAACCCCAGAUGGAAUGAAUGGCUGUUGUAUGACAUGUACAUUCCUGAUCUCCCACGUGCUGCUCGGCUCUGCCUCUCGAUCUGCUCCGUUAAAGGCCGGAAGGGAGCUAAGGAGGAGCACUGUCCAUUGGCUUGGGGAAAUAUAAACAUGUUCGAUUACACAGACACUCUUGUAUCUGGGAAAAUGGCUUUGAAUCUCUGGGCAGUACCUCAUGGGCUGGAGGAUUUGUUGAAUCCUAUUGGUGUUACUGGAUCAAAUCCAAAUAAGGAAACUCCAUGUUUAGAGCUGGAGUUUGAUUGGUUUAGCAAUCCUGUAAAGUUUCCAGAUAUGGCUGUGAUAGAAGAGCAUGCCAACUGGACAAUAUCACGUGAACUGGGAUUCAACUACAGCUAUGCAGGGCAGAGUAACAGAAUAGCCAGAGACAGUGAAUUGACAGAGAGUGACAAGGAGCAGUUGCGAGCCAUCUGUACACGAGACCCUCUGUCUGAAAUCACUGAGCAAGAGAAGGACUUCCUCUGGAGACACAGACACUAUUGUGUGAAUACUCCAGAAAUUCUGCCCAAAUUACUUUUGUCUGUUAAAUGGAAUUCUAGAGAUGAAGUGGCCCAGAUGUACUGUUUGGUAAAAGAUUGGCCUUCAAUCAAGCCAGAGCAAGCAAUGGAGCUCUUGGACUGUAAUUAUCCAGAUCCAAUGGUGCGAGCUUUUGCAGUUCGGUGUCUGGAGAAGUCCCUGACUGAUGACAAACUGUCUCAGUAUCUAAUCCAGCUGGUGCAGGUUCUGAAAUACGAACAGUAUUUAGAUAAUCAGCUUGUGAGAUUUUUACUCAAGAAAGCACUGACCAAUCAAAGGAUAGGACACUUCUUCUUUUGGCAUCUAAAGUCUGAAAUGCACAAUAAAACUGUCAGUCAGAGGUUUGGUUUGCUUCUGGAGUCCUACUGUCGAGCGUGUGGAAUGUACCUAAAGCAUCUGAGCAGGCAGGUGGAGGCUAUGGAGAAGUUGAUCAACCUCACAGAUAUUCUCAAGCAGGAGAAGAAAGAUGAGACCCAGAAGGUACAGAUGAAGUUCCUCGUGGAACAGAUGAGACGGCCAGAUUUCAUGGAUGCUUUGCAAGGUUUUAUCUCUCCUCUCAAUCCUGCGCAUCAGCUGGGAAAUCUUCGGCUUGAGGAGUGCAGGAUAAUGUCAUCUGCAAAAAGGCCGCUGUGGUUGAACUGGGAAAACCCAGAUAUUAUGUCUGAAUUGUUAUUUCAGAACAAUGAGAUAAUAUUUAAAAAUGGAGAUGACUUGCGUCAGGACAUGCUGACACUUCAGAUAAUUAGAAUUAUGGAAAACAUCUGGCAAAACCAGGGUCUUGACCUUCGGAUGUUGCCUUAUGGUUGUUUAUCAAUUGGUGACUGUGUGGGACUCAUCGAGGUCGUGAGGAGCUCUCACACCAUCAUGCAGAUUCAGUGUAAAGGAGGCUUAAAAGGAGCACUGCAGUUCAACAGCCAUACAUUGCACCAGUGGCUCAAGGACAAGAACAAAGGAGACAUGUAUGAUGCAGCUAUUGACUUGUUUACACGUUCUUGUGCUGGCUACUGUGUUGCCACCUUUAUCCUGGGCAUUGGUGAUCGCCACAACAGUAACAUCAUGGUCAAAGAUGAUGGACAACUGUUUCACAUUGACUUUGGGCACUUCCUCGAUCACAAGAAGAAAAAAUUUGGUUAUAAAAGAGAGCGUGUGCCAUUUGUCUUAACACAAGACUUCCUAAUAGUGAUUAGUAAAGGAGCCCAAGAAUGUACCAAAACAAGGGAGUUUGAAAGGUUUCAGGAGAUGUGCUAUAAGGCUUACCUAGCAAUUCGGCAGCAUGCCAAUCUCUUCAUCAACCUUUUCUCCAUGAUGCUUGGCUCAGGAAUGCCAGAACUGCAGUCCUUUGAUGAUAUUGCUUACAUUCGAAAAACCCUUGCAUUGGACAAAACUGAGCAGGAAGCUCUGGAGUACUUCAUGAAGCAAAUGAAUGAUGCUCACCAUGGUGGCUGGACAACAAAAAUGGACUGGAUCUUCCACACAAUAAAGCAACAUGCUUUGAACUGAACAGACAGCAGAGAAAACAAGAACUGAUACCCCGCUUUGUGGGUACUGCACUGUUAAUACCUGUUAGCAGCAAAGACUGGUUGCAUAGGAAUUGCACAAACCAUGAACAACACUAGAAUUUAUGGCAAGAAAAGAGAUUAAUUGUUCAGACAGCUGUCAGAAAAUAAUGUAAAACAGGGUUUCAGAUAGCACUAAAAUUGUACACUUCAAAAAUUAAGCUUUAGUAUGAUGUGUGCAGAGAGACCUUGACAAAUUAGAGAGAUGGGCAAUCACCAGCUGUGUGAAUUUUAACAAGGGCAAGUGCCAGAUUCCGCACCUGGGAUGGGGCAACCCUGGCUGUAAAGACUGGGGAAUGAGGCUGGAGAGUAGCUGUGGAAAGCGACCUGGGAGUCCUGGUCCCUGGCAGGUUGAAUAUGAGUCAGCAGUGCCCUGGCAGCCAGGAGGGCCAACCGUGUCCUGGGGGGCAUCAGGCAAAGCAUU